UUAAAAAAUGUUAAAGUAAGUUCGUUAUCAAAAUGCCUUCCAAAAUUUGUAAAAUAAAUCCCAAAGAGCAAAAAUCUUUGACGAAGAGGGAAACGUCCGAAAAUGUUCUUCCCAAGCAUCCGAAAACUAUGCAUACCAAAACGGCCGAUAAUAUAUUAACUCUCAAAAAUCAAAACGUAUUGACUCCACAACUAAAUAACAUUGAUGACCUUAUCCAAAAAUUACAAUCCACACCUAUACUGAUUACUUUAUAUCUGGAUUUUAAGAAAAUCGUAUCGAAUUACGACGACGAAGUCAUAAAAAAAUUAACCCCGCUCAUGGUAAACGUUCUAGAAUGUAUAAACAGCCUAUCAAGUAAAUAAAGAUUAUAAUUUUAAAUUUCA